AUGGAGCUGGCAAAACACAUAAAACCCCUUUCUAGCGAGGCGGAUUGGUCAAUUUGGAAACAUAAAUUACGCGACAUGUUGGAUUAUCAUGAAGGAGCCUUAGAUGUAAUUGAUGGCAAGUUGGUGAAACCUGAACCCUUAAGAAAUGACGCUUCGGAAAGUAAUAUCAAGAAACACAGGCAGGCCAGUGAGUUAUUUCGUAAAGCAAAUAGCUACGCAAAGUCAAUGAUUUCGAGUUCAGUAACUGAUGCGGUUUACCAGAAAAUAAUGGAUAAGCAAACAGCGCGUGAAGCAUGGGAAGCAUUGAAGUUAAAUUUUGAAGCAUCUUCUAAAGAUCAACUUUUCAAAGUGUGCACGGAUUUUUUCGCAUUCAGUUGGGUUAUUGGAGAGGAUGUCUCAACACACAUCGCAAAAUUAAGAAAUUUAUGGAAUGAACUCAACAAUGGUUUGAAAGCAAAGAAUGAAAAUAUUUUACCAGACUUAAUUCUUGUGUGUAAAGUUUUGAAAAUCUUGCCUGACGAAUUUGAGAACUUCAAGUCAAGUUGGAUGUUGUUGUCGAAAAACGAAGAGAGAACUUUCGACGAGUUAGUAACUCAACUGUGCAUGUAUGAAAGAAAUUUCAGAAAGACCACAGACAGUGGAAGUGGAGAAGCAUUGUUUGCUAAAAUCGAUAAAACGAAGAAGUAUCAAGGUUUCAAGAAGUCGAAAGCAAAUGACACAUGCAACUACUGCAAAAAGAAGGGACAUUGGGUAAAUACGUGUAAAAGGUGGAUUGCUGAUGGAAGACCAUCGCGGACUAAGGACUCUCCACAGAGCAAUACUCUGGAUACCAAUGUGGCCCUGUGUGCUAGCGGUGAAGAUGAGACUGGUACAUCAGUAUGGUGGAUUGACAAUGGAGCCACAAAGCAUGUGACGAAUUGUCCAGACCAGUUUGUUGAUUUUCACAAGUUUCGAAGUCCCUGCGUCAUAAGGGCUGCUGGAAAAGAAACUCUUGAGGCAAUUGGGAAAGGAACUAUAGAGAUAUCAUCCUUCACUGAAGAUUGUAAACUAGAGAUUACCUUGAAUGAAGUAUGGUAUGUUCCAAAAAUAUCUAAAAAUUUAUUUUCUGUAUUAGCUGCUCAAGACAGAAACAAAAAUAGCAGAUUCUACUCGACUUCAACUAAGUGUUCGCUGGAGGUUAAUGGAAAGGUAGUACUAUGUGGACAUCGUGAAAAGGGUGGAACUUUAUAUAAAGCAGCAAUCGAGCCGAUAAUUCCUGAUAAAAUAGAGAGAGUCAACAUAGUCGAAGCAGAAAAUUCCACACUUCAGCUGUAUCACGAGAGGUGGGGACACCAAGACAAGCGACACGUAAGAGAGAUACUGAAGAGAGAGUUAGGUAUUUCUGUUAAGAUGUUUUUAGCUCACGCAAAAACACUUGGACACAAAAUCCAAGAGCUACUCAGUGACAAUGGAGGAGAAUUCGAUUGUGAAACUGUCAAGGAGAUCCUGGCUGAGAAUGGAAUUGUGCAGAGAUUGACAGCACCAUACACGCCAGAACAAAAUGGAGGCAGUGAGAGAGAAAAUCGAACAAUUGUUGAAAUGGCAAGGACUUUCAAGUACUCGAAUAGUGAAGUAGAAUUUCCAGAUUCAAUAUGGGCAGAGCUUGUGAUGUCAGCUAUUUACAUAUUGAAUAGAACAGGAAAAUCGUCAGAAGACGGAUUCACCCCGUUUGAGUUAUGGUUCAAGAAGAAACCAAGAAUUAAACAUCUGCGUGUAAUUGGUUCAUCUUGUUACCUUCACAUACCAGCUGAAAAAAGGAAGAAAAUGGACAAAAAGGCAGAAAAAGGAUAUCUUGUAGGAUAUGACGGAGAUGAGCGUUAUAGAGUCUACAUUCCAAGCAACAACAAGGUAAUUUUAUCAAGAGAUGUUCAAUUCCAAGAGAGACUCAAAGAAUGUGAAGAGCUAGUCAAGCUACCGUUGGAAGAUAAAAUUCAGGACCAGUUUGAAGAGAAAGAAAAUAAUUGGGAAGUACAUUCUGAGGAAGAAGAUGAUGAUGAUCAACUUGAGAACACUGAAGAAAAGUUAACAUCAGAAAGAAACUUGAGGGAUCGGUCAUCUUUGCAAAAACCAAGACAUCUUGAAGAUUACACAAUGUUGAUAGAAGAGUUCGCAAACCAAGUUACAGGUGAUCCGGAGACCUAUGAAGAUGCCUUGCAUAGCGACGAUUUAGCAGAGUGGAAGAAAGCCAUGGAUCGUGAAAUGUCCUCCCUGAAAGAGAAUCAGACCUGGACUUUAACAGAAUCUUUCAUUUCAGGGAAAGCUGAGAAAGAAAUACAAAAAUCCAACUCAAGAAGACGUAAUCCGAGUAAAGAGAGUUUCAUCGUAGAACCAAACAUAUUUCCAUUAAACACUUUUUCAUCAGAGAAAAAAUAUAAUGACGAAGCCGUUGCAAAAAGAACGUUUGAAGAUGUUAUGUGCGAAGAUGGGACUUAUGUGAGAAGGGACAAUGGACAGCAUUAA